AAGUGACGUGAUUAUCCCCGUAGUUUAACAUUAUUAUACUGUAUAGACAUAUAUAUUUUUAUACCGUACUUUGUUGUAGUUUUUAAAGUAAAGUUAUAAUUAUAAUAAUAAUUAAUAACAGAAACUACUAUUAUUUUCGCACUUAAUUGUAACAAAUAUUGAUAUUGAUAAAUAAUAAAUAAAUAUAAUUUAAAGUGAGAACAUAAAUUAAUUAAAUUUAAAAUAAAAAGUUAACGUGGUCGGCUAGACGUGAGCGACACAGAUCGAUACCAGGGCAUAUACAUAAGGGUUUUAUCUUUUUUAUACGGAUUAGGUAGGUCUUGCAGAUUCUGACAUUAUCAAUGGGUAGAACUGAUAUGUCUAAAACACUUAAUGCCUAUAGAAUAAAAAAAAUAGAACAUAUUGGCAGAAUGACAGCCAUGACGCAAGAAGAAAUAGUUGCUGGUGCCCGGACAGUGGCCCAGGGUCUGGAAGCUCUGCGUGUUGAGCACACGGGACUUCUUCAAGGACUGCAGUCUCAAGAGGCACCUGAGGCUCGUGAUAAAGUAAAUAUGCUGUGUAAAAACAUUGAAAUGAUUGAGCUGGGGUUGGGUGAAGCUCAGGUAAUGAUGGCCCUCGCGAGUCAACUACAGAUGGUUGAGGCUGAAAAGCAAAAAUUACGUACACAAGUUAAGAGGCUUUGUCAAGAAAAUGCUUGGCUGCGUGAUGAACUUGCUGGUACUCAACAAAAGUUACAAGCCAGUGAACAAGCUGUUGCUCAAUUGGAAGUGGACAAAAAACAUAUAGAUUUUAUGGAAAGUAUGAGACAAUAUGAUCCAGAUCCACCAGCAGAUGAUGAAAAUGCUAAAGACAGACCAAAAGAUGAUCCGGUUGUUGACUUGUUCCCCGAUGAAGAAGGGGACGAACGAAACAGUAAGUCAAUGUCGCCAACGCCGCCGUCACAGUUUGCCCAGCAAGUUAACGCCGGGUAUGAAAUACCCGCCCGUCUACGUACACUACAUAAUUUAGUAAUACAGUACGCAAGUCAAGGCCGGUAUGAAGUUGCAGUACCACUGUGCAAACAGGCACUCGAGGACCUUGAGAAAACUUCGGGUCACGAUCAUCCGGACGUAGCAACAAUGUUAAAUAUAUUGGCGUUAGUUUAUCGCGACCAGAAUAAAUAUAAAGAAGCGGCUAAUUUGUUGAAUGACGCGCUGGCAAUUCGUGAAAAAACUCUGGGAGAAAAUCACCCGGCUGUCGCCGCAACGUUGAAUAACUUGGCUGUGUUGUAUGGAAAACGCGGCAAAUACAAGGAAGCUGAACCGCUUUGUAAGCGCGCAUUGGAGAUACGUGAGAAAGUAUUGGGCCGUGAUCAUCCGGAUGUUGCUAAGCAGUUAAAUAAUUUAGCGCUUCUUUGUCAGAACCAGGGUAAAUAUGAAGAAGUGCAGAGAUAUUAUCAACGCGCGUUAGAAAUUUAUGAAGCUAAAUUGGGUCCGGAUGAUCCUAAUGUCGCUAAAACUAAAAAUAAUUUGGCGUCUUGUUAUCUGAAACAAGGAAAAUAUAAAGAUGCUGAAGUUUUGUACAAACAAGUAUUAACUAGAGCACACGAAAGAGAAUUUGGUGCUAUCGAUGGUGAUAAUAAACCUAUUUGGCAGGUCGCGGAAGAACGAGAGGAAAACAAACAUAGAAAUAAAGAGAACGCUCCUUAUGGAGAAUAUGGCGGGUGGCAUAAAGCCGCGAAAGUUGACUCGCCGACGGUAACCACGACGUUGAAAAAUUUGGGAGCUCUUUAUAGAAGACAGGGAAAAUACGAAGCCGCUGAAACGCUCGAAGACUGUGCACUCAGAUCACGCAAGGAAGCACUAGAUCUAGUAAAACAAGCUAAAGUCGCACAAAUACUCGGUGAUGAAAAAGGCACAACAAGACGUGGCUCACGUUCAAGUCUCGCGAACAGCGAACACGAGCAGCACGACGAGAAUCGAAAGUAAUGUGCACGGAGGAUUCAUCACAUUAAUGAUUAAUGAAGACUAAUGAUUAAUGGAUCACUAAAAAAUAAUAAAAUAAGUGUCAAGUGAGCGAAAGUAAGGAUGAAAAAAUCCAAGGUGGUGACGUCUCGAUAACCAAACGGCGUUUUUAUUUAAAUUCUUUUUUUACAAAUAUUUAACAAUAGUGAAAACGUCGGUUCGAUGUCUAACCUAGGCUGGAUUGUUCAUUAAUGCAUAUUAAUAAUAAUAAUACAUUCCAGAAUUGCUUUCAACGAUAAUCGCGGCGUAAAUUGCACGUACAAGUGAUCAAUUUAACACUUAAAUAAAAAUAUAAAACAAAAAAAUUUAAAUAAUAAAUAGUUUUUAAAAGAUAAACAUUGAAAAAUUCCCGAUUUGUGAAUUAAAUUAUAAAAUCUGGAAUGGGCUACGCGGUGAAUUGAUUAAAAUCUGCUUUGACUGGAAUUUUUAAUCAAAAAAACAAAAAUAUAAUACAAGUUUAAUAGAAAACAUUACACAUGUUAUUUGCACUUGAAUUUUUUUUUUUUUAUAAAAACAUAUCUGGCCAAAUUAAUAGAUCACUUAAUUUUUCGAUAAGUAAAUUCUAUGAUUAUGUUAUUAAUUAUUUAAUAAAUCAAUUGAUAAACAUAAUUUAUUAAUUAAAAUAAUAAAAUUUACGUUUCUAAACAUGUAGAAGUCAUCGAUUCUCAACUAAAAAGUGAUUGCUGCAAAGACGAUAAUAAUUUUAAAAAUAGAGCCAAAAAACAUUUAAUCUGUGUUCUAUUUGUCGAACUACGUUAAAUUAGUGUUAGGAUUAUAUACUUUUAUUAUUAAUAUUAAUAUUAAUAUUAAAUAAUUUAUUUAAUCACUAUUGAUUUUUUAUAGUUAAAGAUCUGAAUUUAAAAUCUAAAGUACUUGAUUAUGUAGGACUAGUCACCUAAUGUAUCUUAAAUCAAGUUCUAUUUAUUAUUUUGCAGUCCAAUCCGUUUAUGUUUACCGGUAAAUUAUUAUUUCAUAAUUCAGGUAAAAGUCUAGAAGCUGAUUUCGAGCGAAAAAAUAUUCUUAGUUUCAAAAACUCUUUUUUUAAUUUGUCGGCUUGUUUAACUCGUCGAGUUGUUAAUAAAGAGAAAACAGAGGGAAAUUCAAAAAUUUAAAAAAGUUUUUAAAGUUUGAAAGUAAAAAAGUAACAAAUAAAUUUUUUAUUCAGGGAAAAAAUUGAAUUGCUUGCAAAACAAAAUAUAUAUGAGUAUAUAUUUAUUUCUUCAUAUUAAAAAUAUGUAAAAUCAUAUUUAAAUAAUAUUAUAGUGUUUUUAAUUUAAAAACUGUCAAAAACUUCAAACAUUUUGCCGUAAGAUGGAUGAAGUUAAAAAUGGAGUAGACGAAAUAUAACUGAGUUGUAUUUAAAUUAGUAAAAUCAAACGUUAAUUAGGAGUUAAUUAACUAAAAAAUAUGUGUUUUAUAAUUAACAUUAAUAUAUUUUCUGGUUUCAUUCUACUGUCUUAUGCUGUAAGAUGUAUAAUGAAGUUUAAAAAUUGUAGUAUUCAAAUAAAUGAGUUUGGUAACGUUCUUGUUAUCAGAUCUCAUUCUAAAUAUUUGAAUUUUCUAUCUUUUAUUUUUAAAUUUGAUUAUAAUAAAAUAUUUGAUAAAUCACGUCAAACAAGUGUUCAAAACAAAAUUUUUGUAGUCAGAGAAAAGCUUUAGACUUUUACCGAAAAAUCUUAAAUUUUUCUAUUUAUUUGAAAAGUAUGUUUUUAAAUAACGAGUGAAGAAUACAGAACGUUGAGUAAAAUGCAUGAUUUAAAUUAACGUAAAUAAGAUUUUUUUAAAUUGAAUUGAUUGUGUAUUAAUAAGUAUAUUUUAUAAAAUUUAUAAAAAAAAAAAAUGAUUAAAAUUCACCGCUAAAAAAUAAUUUAUUAAAUGUCUGUACUUUUAUUUUGUUUAGUUGCUAUUAUUUAUUAAUUAUAUCAAUUAAGUAUUAAAUUAAGUUUUUUUAAAAUAAUAUGUGCUCUCGACGCGAUAUCUACGCAUUUGUAACCGUAUGUGCGCCUGAGAGCUUUAAGGCCUAGUGUUUGUGUCUUAAACAAAUAUAUCAUUUUUUUUAAUUUAAGUAUUAAGAAUGCAUUUUCAGUAGCUUAUUUGUCCAAACAAUAAAUUAAUAUGUAAAGCUAAAAACAAACUUAUCAUUUAAUAAUUUAAUUAUCAUAAUACAUAAUAAAUAUAAUAAAGUAAUAAAUAAAUAAAAAGUGAUACUCUGCUAAAAAUGUAUUUUUUUUUUAAUUUAAUUAAACGACUAACAGAAAUCGUCCAUAAAAUUUAUGUUAAUGACGGCAACCGUCCUUUGAAAAAAAAUUUAAAUAAUUACACUUUUAUUUAUCUGUGCAAUUUAAUUUUCUUUUACUUUUAAAUGUAGAUUAACUAUAUUUAUAUUUUAUACGCAAUGCAUUGAAAUAUUUAUUAAUUAUUAAAUAUUGUAGCAGGUAUUCUGGCUCUCAGGUGCAAAGAAAUAAAAAAUUGUUACUCGAUCUGAUUUGUAUAAGCUUUGGUUUACAAUAAAUACAUUU